ACGCAGCAUGUCUGUCACACAGCGCUUGAAGAAGACUAGCGGUUUAAACUGGUACAUUUCACACACAGAAGAAAUUAUUAUGGCGGAUUACGAGCAUAACAGAAGCGGUGGCACCGACGACGGAGGGCCGCAAGAGGAGGGAGACAGAGUGAAAACUAAGCCUGUCUCUUGUAGCUCUGUGGGAGGAGAAGGGACCGCAGUCAAACGCACAUCCCAGCAUCUCACACCUGAAGAUGACGACGAAUCAGCAGACCCACCGGCACCCCGCAAACUCUCCAAGAUAGGCUUUAGCAUGAGCAGUCCGAUGGGGAAGAAGUCGAACCCCAUAUCCAUUAAACUUGCAGCAACAAAACCCAAAGAACCUGCACCGUCAGUCCCUCCAAAAAAGUCAGGGCUGGCGUCUGUUUUUGACGAAGAUGAUAGUGAACCUGAGGAGAUGCCCCCAGAAGCAAAGAUGAGGAUGAAGAACAUUGGCAGGGAGACACCAACAUCUGCAGGACCCAAUUCCUUCAACAAGGGCAAGCAAGGUUUCUCUGAUCAUAAAAAACUUUGGGAGAGGAAGAUGAAGGCCCAAGCAGACAAAUUAUAAAUCACUACAACAGUUGUUGUCACUAAUGGAUGAUUUUGUAUAGUUUAAACUAUGUCAGAGAUAUCUAUGAAGGCACAAAUGAUUCCCCGCUGCAGUUUUAACAUCCUCUCAACUUUAUGGACAUGCAAUGAAGAAUACUUUAAGCCUUCUAUGAUAAUCAGUGACCGAGCUCACGUUUACGUUUCUAACCACUACCGGCCGAUGCCAACUGAGAGUAGAGGCACCAGUCUGUCGACCCUCUGUGAUGAGAGGUGCAGAAUGCGGGGAUGGAGAAACAAAAUGGCCAGAAUAUUGUUAAAACUGUAAAAUGUUGCUUUCUGAUGGCUAAUGAUAAAAUCUAGCAUCUUAAAGCCCUGAUGCCCCUUUUGGGACAUGCUUGUCCCUACCUGAAGCUGGUUAGGUGUGGUCCUCCUGAGCGAGCUCUUAAUGUUGCUUGUCAAAUAUUUGUGUAAAAAUAUACAUAGAAGUGUGAUAGUGUUUUAUUUUUAAAUCCACAAAUGGGGAGUGUGUGUUUAAGUGUUAUGUUAUCGUGUGUGUGUGUGUGUGUGUGUGUGUGUGUGUGUGUGUGUGUGUGUGUGUGUGUGUGUGUGUGUGCGCACGCGGCAUAGACUAGACGUGCAGAUGGAUUGUUUUCUUUCGUUCAGUUCUCAACCUCAAUGUACAACCCUUUGUUCUCACCAGCUGUGCCACCUCAUAGGCAGUUGGUUUGUUUUGUUUUAUGUUGGUUUGAGCUUUGUGCCAGUAUUUCUUGUUUUGCUUAGUCAAUACUCUAUUUCUGUCUGCUUCACUGAAUCUGGCAAAAAAAUGUGGCUGUGAACUUUUUUUAUUUUCACAAUGGAAGGACUGCUAAUGUGUUUUUAGUUGACAACUGUGAAGACAGCCUUCACAUGGAUACCAGGGAGCUGGUAACACACAUAAUACAUUAUUUCCGAGGGGUUAAAAUGCAAGUUAGCAAUGACUAGGUACUUUUAAAAACACUUUCCGUCACCACUUUCACAUCAGAAAUAUUACCCCAGUCCUUUCAGUUCAGAUAAAUGUGGUACCUCAGUGCCUGACACUUUUUGGAAAAUCCCCAUGACCAGAAACAUAAACUCCACUGAGGGUUGCCUGCCUGUUGUGCUUGCCCAAAUGAAUCACAUUAAUAUCCACUGUUGAGAACUCUCUUGAAUACAUAUUUAAAAGUCAGUCAAAUAAACAUUUUGAAUGAUC